GAACGCUGCGGGCCACCGUAGGGCGUUCUGUUACCAAGGCAGCAGGACGGAGCCAGGCGGACCUUGAGUACACUUUAGAGUUGGAACGCACCCACGGUGUUGCGUUGUCUGCGGUAGACUUCUGCUGAGUGGGUUCCUCACCCACCCCGGUGAUGUUCAGGCUCUCGAGAAGUCCGGGAGAGGUGAUGGACGUCUCCCAGCACUGAGCGCCAUCGGAUCGGAGGCACCAUGGGCACCGCCUCCUCCCUGGUCAGUCCCGGGGAGGUGAUAGAGGACGGCUACGGGGGCGAAGGCGGCGAAGCCUGUGUGAUCCCCGUGGAGGUGAAGCCCAAGGCCCGACUGCUGAGGAGCUCCUUCCGCCGAGGUCCCCGGGUGAUCGGGGCCAGCUUCAAGUCCACGGGCUCCGUGGACCUGGAGUACGCGGCCGAGUACGAGCGGCUGCGGAAAGAGUACGAGAUCUUCCGUGUGAGCAAGAACAACGAGAUCUCCUCCAUGCAGAAAAAGGAGGCGAAGCUGGACGAUGAAAACAAGAGGCUUCGAGCUGAGCUGCAGGCUCUACAGAAGACGUACCAGAAGAUCCUGAGGGAGCGGGAGGGGGCUCUGGAGGCCAAGUACCAGGCCAUGGAGCGCGCCUCCACCUUCGAACACGACAGGGACAAAGUCAAGCGGCAGUUUAAAAUCUUCAGGGAGACCAAGGAGAAGGAGAUCCAGGACCUGCUGCGGGCCAAGAGGGAGCUGGAGGCCAAGCUGCAGCAGCUGCAGGCUCAGGGCAUCAUGGUGUACAACCCGGACGACUCGGACUCUGACGACAACCGGCCCACCGUCACGCCUGCGGGGACCCAGUGCGAGUCGUGGGUGGGCGGGCCCCUGGGCAGCGAGCCGUCCAUGGGCAGCAUGAUGCAGCUGCAGCAGACCCUCCGGGGCCCCGAGAUGGCCCACAGCCUGAUCGACGUGGAGGGGCCCUUUGCCAACGUCAGCCGAGACGACUGGGAGGCGGCGGUGGCCAGCCUCCUGCUGCUCUCCCCUCACGUGUCCCAGGCUCUGAGCAGCAACACGGUGCGCUGCUACCUCAUCUCCUCCCCCGACACCCAGGAGGAGCUGGCCGCCUUCACCAAGACGUACUCCAGCAGGCUGCAGCGGCUCUGCGAGGCCCGGGGCCACUUCUACCUCAACGUCAGCUUCCCCGAGGAGCACGCCGCCUCCUUCUCCCUGGAGCGCCGGCGGGAGAUGGAGAAGAGCUCCGUCUGCGUCCUGCUCCUCAAGUCGUCCCUCUCCAGCUCGGCGGUGGAGGACGCGGAGGAGGCCUUCGUGAGGAACCCCGACGGGCGCCCCCUGGUGGUGUACCUCCGUACCGACGGGGGGCAGGGCCUGCCGGAGCCCACCAGACUGCUGCUGGAGAGGGUGAACGCCGCCGACACGGCCGCCAAGGUCCAGGUGGUGGACCACAGCGGCUCUGCGGAGGAAGGAGCAGCCAUGAUCUUCUCCCAGCUGGAGAAGGUCAUCAAACAGCAGCUGCUAGGUCUGGAGGGGGCCGACGGCGACGCCAAGGACUCUGGGGCGGAGGAGUGUGCGGACGAGGACUGGGGCGACGUGCUGUGGGACCUCCACGAUGAGCAGGAGCAGUGUGAGGCCUUCCAGCAGGCCUGCUGCACCUCCUCGCCGCUGGGCCUGCAGAAGUAUCUAGAUCGUCUGAAUGACAUGGUGGCAGCCCCCCCUCCCACCCCUCCCCUGCUCCUCUCUGGGGGUCCGGGUUCUGGCAAGUCUCUCCUGCUGUCCAAAUGGAUUGAGCUGCAGCAGAAGACCUCCCCCAACACACUUGUGCUGUACCACCUGGUGGGACGUCCUCUGUCCACCAGCUCAGAACCUGUUCUGCUCAUCAAACGCCUCACUGUCAAGCUGCUGCAGCACCUGUGGUCGGUGGCGGGUCUCUCCAUGGAGCCCAGUAAGAUCCUGGAAGACUUCCCUCGCUGGCUGGAGCGCCUGUCGGCCCGUCACCACGGCAACAUCAUGAUCAUCAUCGACUCCAUCGACCAGAUCCAGAACGCAGAGAGACACAUGAAGUGGCUGAUCGACCCGCUGCCCGUCAACGUCAGGGUGGUGGUGUCCGUCAACGUGGAGACCUGCCCGCACACCUGGAGGCUGUGGCCCACCCUGCACAUGGAGCCCCUAAGCCCCAGGGAGGUGCGGAGCAUGGUGGGCUCAGAGUUCCAGGACCUGGAGGUCCAGCUGUCCAAGGACCAGGAGAAGAGGCUGGAGCAGCACUGCCGCUCCGCGUCCGCCUGCAGCGCUCUGUACGUCACACUGCUGGCCCGCCUGCUGUCCAGCUGUAGGGGGCGCUGGACUCUGGAGAAGCUGCUGGAACAGUGCCUCCUCUGCCAGGACACCAUGUCCCUGUACCGCCUGGCCCUCCAGGUGACCCUGGACUCCCUGAGCUCCCAGCGGGACCGACACACCACCACCGAGAUGCUGUGUCUGGUGUGGGCCAGCCGGAACGGAGUCAGCGAGUCAGAAAUCCUGGAGCUGAUUCCGGAUCUGGAGUUUCCUGUUCUGUCGUCUGUGCUGCAGCAGCUCAGCAAACUACGCAUUCUGACCCUGGUCGGCGGACUGAUCCGCUUCCAUCAUCUGCAGGCCUGGGAGGCUGUCAGGCAGGAGUUCCUGAGCGGGGGGGACAGGGCGGUUCCUUACAGAGACAAACUCAUCCUCUACUUCAACCAGAAGCUCAGCCAGCAGGAGGUGUGCUGGAGGACAGCAGACGAGCUGCCCUGGCUGCUGCAGCAGCAGGGGGAGAAGGAGGAGCUGCAGCUGGUGCUCCUCAACCUCCUGGUAUCCCAGGACCUCUACAAGAGGGGCCGGUUCUGGGAGCUGCUGUGCUACUGGCAGUGCGUGGGGAAGGACCGCGGCUCCAUGGCCGCCCAGUACUUUGAGGCCCUGCGGUGCUACGAGCAGAGCUGCCAGGGGGAGGACAGCAUGAGGCGGCUGGCCGGCCUCUACGAGACGCUGGGCCGCUUCCUCCGGGACCUGGGCCUGGUCAGCCAGGCCGUGGCCCCCCUGCAGCGGUCCCUGGAGAUCCGGGAGACGGCCCUGGACCCGGACCACCCCAGCGUGGCGCGCUCGCUGCACCAGCUGGCCGGCGUCUACGUGCACUGGAGGAAGUACGAGGGCGCGGAGCAGCUGUACCGCCAGGCGCUGCAGAUCAGCGAGAACGCCUACGGCGGCGAGCACGCCAGCGUGGCCCGCGAGCUGGAGGCGCUCGCCGUGCUCUACCAGAAACAGAACAAGUACGAGGAAGCGGAGAAGCUCCGUAAGAGGUCCGUCAGGAUACGACAAAAGACGGCCCACCAGAAGGGACACAUGUACGGGUUCACCCUGCUGAGGCGCAGGGCCCUCCAGCUGGAGGAGCUGACCCUGGGGAACGAAUCGGCCGACUGCGCCAAGACCCUGAACGAGCUGGGGGUGCUGUACUACCUGCAGAACAACCUGGAGGCGGCGCGGGGCUUCCUGAGCCGCUCCCUGGAGAUGCGUCAGCGGGUGCUGGGCCCGGAGCACCCGGACUGCGCCCAGUCGCUCAACAACCUGGCGGCGCUGCACAGCGAGCGGCGCGAGUACCAGGCGGCAGAGGACCUCUACCAGAGGGCCCUGGAGCUGCGCAAGGCCGCCCUGUCCCCGGACCACCCCUCCCUGGCCUACACCCUCAAGCACCUGGCCAUGCUCUACAAGCGCAGGGGUAAGCUAGAGAAGGCGGUCCCCCUCUACGAGCUAGCUCUGGACAUCAGACAGAAGAGCUUCGGGGCCAAACACCCCAGCGUUGCCACGGCGCUGGUCAAUCUGGCCGUCAUCUACUGCCAGCUGAAGAAGCACGAGGAGGCUCUCCCUCUGUACCAGCGGGCGCUCCGGGUCUACGAAGACACGCUGGGCCCCUCCCACCCCCGCGUCGGAGAGACCCUCAAGAACCUGGCCGUCCUCAGCUACGAGGAGGGGGACUUUGAGAAAGCCGCAGAACUCUACAAGCGGGCCAUGGAGAUCAAGGAGGCGGAGCCAUCGCUGGUGUGUGGGACCGCCCCCUCACGCCACUCCUCCAAUGGGGACACGUUCAGCCUCAGAGGCCCCGCCCUCAUCCCCCAGACACCCAGGUGAACACUGGAGGGGGCGAAGCCGGGAUGGACAAGCUUAUUGAAGACCUUCAUCUUCUCCAUCCAUGGUGAACAUCACUGCCUACAGGAGCGUCUCGCGUCAAUACCGCCUACAUUAAGUAUUUAGAUCAGACACCUUCACUGUAAAGGUACGGCCACACUGAACGCGUUACGCGCGUAGGAUUACGUGCGUAACGCUCAACGCUGAUUGGCUAUCGCGGCUAAGCGUCACGCGUAGUAGCGUAAAGAGUUACAUUUUUGAACACGGUGCGUUGGGCGCGUAAUUUAGAUGCGUAAAACCUGUCUAACGUGCCUAACGCGCUGCUUUAGCGUGUGCAAAACAUUUACGCGCUUAAACCAAUGGUUCCCUGUGCAAAAAUGCAGAUAUGCUACGCCUCUUAACGCGCGUAACGCGUUGAGUGUGGCCGUACCUUAGGACAACUUAGGAGAGGCUUUGAGCGUCCAAAGACUUUUAUUUUGUUAAAAAAUUCCUAGUUUUUCCUCACAGGAAGGGAAAUCACUAAACCCUCCAGUAUAGUAUAAGUAGGGUUGUACAGAUAAAGAUAUCAAUGCAAAGCGUCCUUAAACUGUGAGCGCAGACGUUCCACACGACAGAACUGCAUGGCUCCUCCCCCCCCCCCCCCCCCCCCCCCCACUGGUCCACCAGGACUGAGGGAACUAACCUUCAGAAGUAACUAGAGUAACUGACCUAAUAAAGUAACUAAUACAUAAUGGACUGAAUGAAGUGACUGACCUAUAAAGUACCUUGUACAGAAUGGACCGAAUGAAGUAACUGACGGAUAAGAGUAACUUGUACAGAAUGGACCGAAUGAAGUAACUGACCGAUAAGAGUAACUUGUACAGAAUGGACUGAAUGAAGAAACUGACCAUUAAAUGAACUAGUAACUAAAGUAACCAACCAAGACUGACAGGUAACUGAAUUAUAAAGUAUUAGUACUGAAUGGCCAGACUGAGAGGUACCUAUUAAGUAACUAGUAACUAACGGAAAGGAAAGACUGAAGUAACUGCGAGGUAAUUAACCUACAGAAAGAAACUAAAAUAAUUAGUGGUGGGUGGAUCACCAGGGUGUUCCGCAGCUGGUUGUAUCCAGAGUACCAGGUGUUCCUGGUACUCACUGCGGUCUGCACUAUUCUGUGUUCUUUGUUCAGGGACGUGUGAUGCUAGUCUCUGGGCUUCACUGCCUUACGCCAAAUAAACAGUAUUCCUUUUAUAAUGAAUCAUGUUUGAAGUGCCACAUUAGCUUCACUACUAUGGUACGGUUUUAUAUUGUUACUCAAUGAUAAGUCGUAUGUGAUCACGGUUUUGUAUUAAAGGAUCCAUCAUGUAUAAAAUGUAUAUGCAGUUUGGAAACUUGUUCCAUCAAAUAAAUAUUUUAUUGAAA